AUGUCUUCGGCGAAGCGUCCUCUGUGGUUGAACUGGGAGAAUCCUGAAAUCAUGUCGGAGCUGCUCUUUACCAACAACGAGAUCAUCUUUAAGAAUGGAGACGACCUGCGGCAGGACAUGCUGACUCUGCAGAUCAUCAAGAUCAUGGAAAACAUCUGGCAGAACCAGAACCUGGACCUGCGCAUGCUGCCGUACGGCUGUCUGUCCAUCGGAGACUGCGUGGGUCUGAUCGAGGUAGUGAAGAACAGCUUCACCAUCAUGCAGAUCCAGUGCAAGGGCGGACUGAAGGGGGCGCUGCAGUUCAACUCCAACACCCUGCACCACUGGAUCAAAGACAAGAACCGCGGGGAGGCGUAUGACCGAGCCAUCGACCUGUUCACCAGGUCCUGUGCUGGUUACUGCGUGGCGACGUUCAUUCUGGGGAUCGGAGACCGACACAACUCCAACAUCAUGGUGAAGGAGAACGGACAGCUCUUCCACAUUGACUUCGGCCACUUCCUGGACCACAAGAAGAAGAAGUUUGGUUAUAAGAGGGAGCGCGUCCCCUUCGUCCUCACGCAGGACUUCCUCAUCGUCAUCAGCAAAGGAGUGCAGGAGUCCACCAAGACCAAGGAGUUUGAGAGGUUCCAGGAGAUGUGUUAUAAAGCCUACCUGUUGAUACGUCAGCACGCCAGCCUCUUCAUCAACCUCUUCUCUCUGCUGCUGGGCUGCGGCAUGCCGGAGCUGCAGAGCUUCGAUGACAUCGCUUACCUGAGGAAGACCCUGGCACUGGAGAAGAGUCAGCAGGAGGCGUUGGAAUAUUUCACGAAGCAGAUGAACGACGCUCAUCAUGGAGGCUGGAGCACCAAGAUGGACUGGAUCUUCCACACCAUCAGACACAUGCCCAACGAGCACUGACACACACACACACACACACACACACACACACACACACACACACACACACACACACACACACACACACACACACACUCUAACACACGCACUUGUGAUUUAGCAUCAUGGUGUGGAUGUUGAUGGGAUGGUUGUCAUAGCAACAUGAAUCUCAGGGUCAGAGGUGUAGGAAGCCAAAGGCAUGCUGGGAAAAGAGAAGGUCGUAAAAGUCUUCCAGUCGAUGCUACAGUUAGCAUGUUAGCUCUGCUAGCUGCAUGCUGCUGUUAGCAUAUAAGCUAGCUGCCCUAAAUACUGUAGCAUUUGAAUUAAACUUUAUUAAUGUGACUUUAUAAACUUGAGAAUUUGAAUGAAGCUUUAUUCAAACCAGCAAAGUGCGAGAGCAAUAAAACCUCCAAUUACAUUCAAGACGUUAUCAUGACAAUCAGGAGUUCUGACCAAUAGGAAGGCAGAGCUGACCAGCUGUGGGCGGAGCCUCUAGAGCACUAACCAAUCACGUCUCUGUAAAUCAAAGCACAACAGAUUACAUCACAUGUGACUUUUUAGACCCUUUUAUCCAAAGUGACUCACAUACUCAAUACUGUGGGCAAUCCCCCCAGGAGCACUUUGGGGUGAAGAGGGGACACAACGACAUGUUGACUGCAGUGGGACUCGAACCUGUGACCCCCUGAUCCCAACACCAAGGCUCUAUCCACUGCGCCACACGCCUCACAGAUCAGCUGAAGUUUACAGUUUGAACCAAAACGACCACUUUUUAUACGAAGAUAGGUUUUAAUUUCAUAAUUCAAACAACAUUCAAACUUUUCCUCCAGAAACUAAUUCGUGAAACAUUAGGACUUCAUUUUAAAGCUUCUGAGAAUGUUUCUACCAACAUUAAACCGUUUGUACCUAAAAACACUCAUUUUUAAGGUAAUUUCAGAUCUAUUUUCUUAUAAAUGUCCAGAAGUUGAGGAGCUGUUUAUAUUUUAAAUAUUGCAGCUCAUCCUAAUAUUACAAAGUUAUGAAAUCAAUCUCUGUGCAGAUGAUUCAUAAUCUCUCCGUCCACAGCCGGUGGCUCGAGACCCAAAUUAGCUCCAAAGUUUUUAAUAUUUAUUCAAUUUGAAUUAUCUCAGAGAGAGACGCUCUGAUUUCUACUGGACAUAUCGCGUUAUAUCAGGGAACAAGCUCAACCAAUCAGCUGCUCGUUAGCCGUGGCAAUGCUAGGCUCAUUGUUAGUGUGCUAGCAAGGUGCACCCAUAGUUAGCUAGAAGUUGACGUUAGCGUAGCAUAGGGAUGGGAACGAUUAAUCGAAUAUUCGAAAUUAUUCAGGUAUUCGAAUAUGAGUUUUUUUUUUUCUUCUU